CGCAGGAACUGCAAGCCCUGGGCAAGUUCUCUGCCACACUUGCUGAGCUCAACACUAAGGAAGACACCAAGUCUGACGAUGGAUCAAAGGGCAAGGAAGUUGAUGGCAUCGAAGAUGAUGGCAAUGCCGAGCGGGCCAAGGCUGUCAAUGACCCGACAUCGGAAGACGAGUACAACAGCAAGAGUCUGCACAAACUGGUCGCUGACGGGGGCUUGGGUGCAGAUAUCAAUCCGGUAAACCUUGAAGGAACUUUGGUUGAGGACGAGGAGCGUGAGACUGGACGGGUCAAAAUGGAGGUUUGGGGCAUAUUCUUCUCGGCAUGCAGUGGCUACUCAUACUGGUUUGCUGUUCUUUUGUUAAACUCCCUGGCCAAAGUGGUUACAAUUGUUCAAGACUACUGGAUCUGUAUCUGGGUAACGGCAAACAAUAUAGCAUCUCCACAUGUAGUUCUACCUGAUUCCACUAACACAGUAUCACCAGCAGCAAACACCAACAUAAUUGGCCAGCAUACAGUAUCGUUUUGGAUUGGUAUUUACCUGGCAAUCGGUGUCAUCGAAGUUUUUGCGCUGUUUAUCAAGCUUGCCUAUGCAUAUUCUGGACUGAUCAAAGCCGCCAGAAAUGUGCAUGCAAAGCUGAUCAGGUCAGUUGUCCAUGCCACACCGCGCUUCUUUGAUUCGUCACCAUUCGGCCGGAUCAUUAACCGGUUCUCCCGUGACAUGGAGUCUAUUGGCACGAACACCCUAGAUUCACUCAUCUGGAUGUUUGCAGACUUCACCUCUGCAUUGGGUGUUAUCGUCAUCAUCACUGCAGUUAUGCCGCCAUUCAUUUUUGUUACUGUUGUCAUCACAGUAGCAUAUGUGGUGAUUGCCAAGUGUUACUUGGAUUCAACCCGCGAGCUGAAGCGACUUGAGUCAAAUGCCUCAGCGCCGCUGCUGUCACUGUUUGGCGAGCUGAUACAGGGUGUAUCAUCAAUCCGCGCAUUUGGUCUCAAAAAGUACUACAUCAUGGAGGCUAUUAACAGAUCAGAUGAGCUGAAUCGCCCGUUCUACCUGACAAUGGUGUCGAGCUGCUGGAUGUCCAUCCGACUUGAUGCUGCAGGUGCAACAGUGUCAUUCUUCUGUGCUUUCUUCAUCUUGUGGAAUGUCUGCAGCUUCGACGCCAGUCUUGCUGGAUUUGCGUUGGUACAUGCACUACAGUUUAAAGACUAUAUGCUGUUUGCCAUCCGGAACUAUGGUGACAACGAGCUGAACAUGAACGGUGUUGAGCGGGUCAGCCAGUAUCUAAAGCUUGACCAGGAGGCCAGUGCUCAGUCGACGCCCGAGAACAAGCCUGUCAGCAACUGGCCUAGGACUGGUGACCUUGAGGUUGAGGACCUGGUCGUCGAGUAUGUGCCUAAUGUCCCAGUGCUGCAUAGCCUGAGCAUGUCGAUCAAGCACGGCGAGAAGAUCGGUGUGGUUGGCUGCACUGGCGCUGGUAAAUCUACGCUGUCGUUGGCAUUCCUGCGGUUCAUCGAGGCAGCCAAGGGCCGGAUCAUGCUCGAUGGGGUUGACAUCUCGAAGAUUGGCCUGGAGGAUCUCCGUCACAAUGUCACGAUCAUUCCACAGGACCCAGUGCUGUUCAACGGCACUAUUCGCUUCAACCUUGACCCGUUCAGCGAGUACCCUGAUGAGAUUGUGUGGGAUGCGCUGCACCGUGCACAUCUGGUGCGUGAGUAUGGCAGCCAGACUGCUAGCACAGCAAUCAGUGUGCUUGAAGGCAACGCCAUCGAUAGUUCGCUGGAGCACAUGUCAGGCAUAUUCACUAGCCUGGAGGCCAAGAUCAAGGAGAAUGGCCAGAACCUGUCACUAGGUCAGCGUCAGCUAGUGGCACUGGCUCGCGCUCUGGUGCGCCGGUCACGACUGAUCAUCAUGGAUGAGGCAACAGCAUCAGUUGAUUUUGAUACUGAUGACCGUAUCCAGCGCACGAUCCGUGGCUCCGAGUUUGCCAACUCGACCCUGUUCUGCAUUGCUCACCGGCUGCGCACCAUCAUUGACUAUGACCGCGUGCUGGUACUGGACAAAGGCAAGGUUGCCGAGUUUGACACUCCGGCCAACCUGCUCAACAGGCAGGACGGCAUCUUCCGCAGCAUGUGCGAAAAGUCCGGCGAGUUUGAGUACCUUGCCGAUGCUGCUAAGCGAGCCCAAGAUCCCAAGCAGUUUUCUUAAAAUUAGCAUGAUACAAUAUAGAGCCACA